GGUUCAACAUUCUUCCGGACUUACCAAGUAACGAAGUAUGGAACACGGAGUACAAAAGGCAUACUAAUGGCUUUAUCCACUGAAAAAUAUAAUCGGUAAGAGAUGAGUUCAAGCAGCUUCUAUUGGAUAGUCAGCGGCACCAACACUUCACCAUUUCAAGUUCAACGCUCUCAAUCCCAUUAUCUGUGCCCACUUCAAUUUCAACAGUUCCCAUUUCCAAAAUCUAUUUCCAAUUUAAGAAAUUGUUUAGAAUCCCUUCAAUAUAAACCCCCCAAGAGUUCAGUUUGCGUGAAAUCCCUCCAAAUUGACGAAGGUGUGGAUCAGUUUCUCUCUUCUGUUCCCCCCGAUGAGCAAGAAACUGGAGAAAUUGAGGAGAUUGUGAGCGAUUUUGAGGAUGGUUUUGAAGACCCAGUUCCAUUUUCUGUAAGUGGAGAGAGAAAGGAGGGACAGGAAGAAGAGGAGGAUGAGGAAGACCGUCGCUUUAAGCUCCGAAAUGGCAAGGAGGUUCUUGCCGAAAAAGCUUAUCUUGUUGGUGUGGAGCAAAAAGGUGUUAAAGUGGAUUCUUUUGGAAUAGAAGAAUCUUUGAAAGAAUUGGCUCAAUUGGCUGAUACAGCAGGUCUUCAGGUUGUUGGUUCUACUUAUCAAAAGCUUGCUACUCCAAAUCCAAGAACAUAUAUUGGCUCAGGCAAGGUUUCUGAGAUGAAGAGUGCAAUUCAUGCAUUGGAUGUUGAAACAGUGAUAUUUGAUGAUGAGCUUUCACCAGGGCAAUUGCGUAAUUUGGAGAAAGUAUUUGGAAAAGAUGUUAGAGUCUGUGACAGGACUGCACUUAUUCUGGAUAUUUUCAACCAGAGGGCAGCGACUCAUGAAGCUGCUUUACAGGUUGCAUUGGCACAAAUGGAAUAUCAAUUACCACGGUUGACAAGAAUGUGGAGUCAUUUGGAGCGUCAAGCAGGAGGGAGGGUGAAAGGUAUGGGUGAGAAACAAAUUGAAGUGGAUAAGCGUAUUCUAAGAGACCAAAUUGGUGUUCUGAAAAAAGAGCUUGAAUCUGUUAGGCGUCAUCGAAAGCUGUACCGAAAUCGCCGUGUCUCGGUGCCUAUUCCAGUUGUAUCUUUAGUAGGAUAUACAAAUGCUGGAAAGAGUACAUUGUUAAAUCAAUUGACUGGAGCUAACGUGCUUGCCGAGGAUCGAUUGUUUGCUACACUUGAUCCAACAACCAGAAGGGUGCAGAUGAAGAAUGGGAAGGAAUUUCUACUAACUGAUACUGUCGGAUUCAUUCAAAAAUUACCAACUACAUUGGUUGCUGCCUUCAGAGCCACACUCGAGGAAAUAUCUGAAUCAUCGCUUCUAGUGCAUGUGGUGGACAUUAGUCACCCUUUGGCCGAGCAACAAAUUGAUGCUGUGGAUAAGGUUCUGUCAGAAUUGGAUGUUUCGCUAAUACCAAUGUUAAUUGUUUGGAACAAGGUUGAUAAGGUGAGUGAUCCAGAGAAAAUGAAGGCAGAAGCAAAGAGUCGAGGGAAUGUUGUCUGUUUAUCUGCUUUGAAUGGUGAUGGACUUGAUGAUUUUUGCAAUGCCAUUCAGGAAAAAUUGAAGGAUUCAAUGGUGUGGGUUGAGGCACUGGUUCCAUUUGACAAAGGAGAACUUCUCAGUAGCAUCCAUCGAAUUGGAAUGGUAGAAACAACUGAUUAUACAGAAAAUGGGACAUUGGUCAAAGCAUACGUCCCACUUCGCCUAGCAAGGCUCCUUACACCGAUGAGACAGUUGUAUGUAUCACCGUAGUUUCAGCAUAUACACGAUCUGGAACUCGACCUGUGAAAUUAUACACAAAAUUGCCCAGGAAUAUUUGGUUAAACAGGAGCUGUGUUGUGCUAUAUUUUGACACUUUAGAUCAAGCACGUGUGUAUCAAUGUAACUCUGUAAGUACAUAUUUCAUCUUCAGUGUACAUAAAUCAUAAUGACCAUACAGUCAUGCUUCUAAUCAAUACUAAGCUUACUGUUAGUAACUAAUCUA